AUGACGCUGCCUCCACCGCCAAACACUGAAAAUAAACGUUUGAAACACGACGCGGAUGUAGCAGCCCUGCAGAGAGAGAGUAACAACCCUCCCCCCAGCGCUGCUGACUUCGAGGACUGCUCAGAGCUCUACCCUGUACUCUACUGGACCAACUCAGUACAGGACGGAGUCUUCCCCAUCAAACCUGAGUCUAACACCGACCACUUUGACGUCUUCUGUGACAUGACUACAGAUGGUGGGGGCUGGACUGUCAUACAGAGGAGGUCUGAAGGGAGACUCAACUUUAACAGGCGUUGGGCAGACUAUAAAAAUGGGUUUGGGAGGGUCGAGGGGGAACACUGGCUUGGACUGGAUAAGAUACACAACUUGACAACCCAGGAUAGUUAUGAACUAUAUGUGCAGCUAGAAGACUGGGAAGGUAACGUUGUACAUGCUAAAUAUUCUACCUUCAGCAUUGGGGAUGAGGGUACAGAUUAUACACUGCACAUUUGGGGGUACAGUGGGGAUGCCAAUGACUCUAUGGUCUACCAUAAUGGAAGGAAAUUCAGUGCUAAUGAUCAGGACAAUGAUGGCUGGAGUUAUAACUGUGCUCAGUACUAUUCAGGUGGCUGGUGGUAUAACGAUUGUGCUCGCUCUAACCUGAACGGUCCCUAUUUCCACCCAGAGGACUAUCAUGGUACUGACACAGGGCCGUGUGUUUUCUGGCGUUACUGGAAAGAUACCUCAUACUACUCACUAAAGGCAACCAAGAUGAUGGUACGGCCUCGAAACUUUAUCCGUAAUCUGCGACUUUAA